ACGUAGCGCUCCGCUGGUUUAGCGGGGCUCAUUCGCGAGGCGUUCGCGCGUGGAUGAUGCCCCGGUAAUUUUCCCGCUGUCCCGAAAACACCGUGUGUGUCCACGGCUCUUCGUCCAUCGGAAAUUAACGGCAAUGGCAUCGCUGGAGGACAGCUGGAAGGAAGCUACGGAGGGCCUGGACGCCGCGGUCUGCGACUCCUGGUUCACACGCCUGCAGGAAGUCUACUCGGAGGAAAAACGCACGUAUCACAAUCUGGACUCGCUCAGGGAGAAGCUGAAUCACUACUACGAAAUCAAAAGCAAUCUCAAAAACCCGCGAGCUGUUUUGCUCGCCAUAUUCUUUCAAAACUUCGAGUAUGAUCCUAAAGCUUUGGUUUUUAGCGAAGAUAAAAAUCUCGAGCACUUCAAUGCUUUUGCUGAUGAGGCCGAGGUUCCGUCGGACGCAGAGCUCAGGGAAGAGACUUGUGCUCUGCUCAAAGUAGCGGCGACUCACAGCACCGAGGCGCACAAGGUAGGCGGUGCCUUCGGCAGCGAAGAUGCACACUACUUCCUGGACCUGGAUAUGGCAGUACUCGGCUCCUCUCCAGAAAGUUACGCCGAGUACAGAGAGCGAAUACGCGGGGAAUACUCUUUCCUCAGCGAGCCCAUGUAUACAGCGCUACGGCUAAAGGUGUUACAGAACUUCCUGCAGAUCCCGAACAUCUUCGCCACCGUGGAGUUUCGUGACAAGCUGGAGGAGCAGGCACGCCAGAACAUUCAAGCGGAAGUGGAGAUGCUGUCUUAGAGCUUCAUCGCUUUGCUUCACAUAGGCUGCUUUCCUUUUAGAGAACACACUUAGCACAAGCAUCGUUUUAUCCUCCUUAGCAUUCAAUGAAUGAUAGUAAUAGAACGAUAUUUAAUUGUGUUGAUUAUGUCGUUUAAAAGGAAAGCAAUACGUCAUAAUGAAGGUUCGCGCUUUACACGUUCGACG